ACCGUUACUUCUCUCCCGUCCAACAAAAUUUCCCUUCAAAACCGCUCCAGUCUCCAGUCUCCUCCGCCCGAAACACCGUACACACGAAGCAAAUCCACUGCGACCGCGACACAUCCUAGCCGGAGAAGAACCCAUUGAUCCACCGGAAUCCCAGCCCAUGGCCGACGCCGCCGCGCUCGUCGCCGUCCCGCCGCAGCCGCAGCAGCGGCACCCGCUGAGCCAGAUCGCGGCGAGCGGCACGCACCGGCUGCUGCUCAAGCAGUGGCUCAAGGAGGAGGACCUGCUGGCCCGCCGCGUCGCGCUCAGGGAGGCCCGCCUCGACGGCGCGCGCAAGGAGAUCGCAUUCCUCUACUGCGCCUUCUUCGCCUUCCACGCCGCCUCCGUCCUCGUCCUCUUCCUCUCCUCCUCCCUCUCCUCCUCCCUCGGCCCCGACCAGUCCCUCUCCUGCCGCCGCUCCUGGAUCCCCUGCCUCGUCUCGCUGCUCGCGUCCCUCGCCAUGCUGUGGGCGCUGCGGUACAAGGCGGACUCGGAGGCCGUGCUGGAGCGGGUGCUGGCGCGGGAGCAGGAGGACGCGGCGCUGCUCGGGCGGUGCGUCGCCGAGCUCAAGCGCAAGGGGCUCGAGUUCGACCUGCUCAAGGAGGUCGACGCGCUCCGCAGGGCCAAGAGCCUCCGCGUCGAGGCCAAGGGCGGCGCCACGGACAGCCCCAGGCGCUGGCCCGCCAGGGACCUCCCCGUCUUCGCGCUCUUCGGCGCUGCCUGUGGCGUCCUCGUGCUCACCAGGUUCCUGCUCUGCAACAACUAGCCAGGACCAAGCCGGAUCUGGUUCAUCCCUUCAGUGCUCAAGACUUCGAUUGCUCCAUUCCUGCAGAACUGUUUGUUCUGCGAAUUUUGAUGUUUGUAAUAAGGAAAAACAUUUGAUUCUUCAGGUUCUGUCUGUAUUCUUCCUGUCUGUAGCGGAGAGAAAACUACUCUCUCAAAUCUCGGUGUUAUGCACAACAAGAUGUACACUUGAAGUCAGUUUAGUCCCCAUUUUAUUACCCCAAA